CCCUUCGUUUCCGAUUUCUAUUACGUGCUUUUUUGUUGACAAACGAUUAUUAUAGGUAGUGAAAACUAAUUUUGUUAACCUUAUAUCUCUUAAAAUGGAAGAUUAUGAUGCCUCAGAUAGAGACAUCUUGACUAGUAUGAAUCUAGCCAUCAUCAGAGAAAUUUAUGAUGGAGAAAAUGCUCAUGAAGUCUUUGAAAAUGAGUUGGAGAAAGCUUUGGAAGCCAAGUGUGCUUGCAUAGUGAUUGAACCAACUAAACUCGGAGAAGAGACAGCCAGAUGGAUAUCGGUAGGGAACUGCCUCCAUAAAACAGCCGUCCUAUCAGGAUUUGGUUCAAUACUCUCGAGCAUCGUAUGGCCCGAUAAGAUGUAUAUUAGUUUUCCUCUGAAUGGUAUUAGCUUUUUCUGCACAGGCUUAUAUGCCGUCUCUUGGCAAAGCGAUCCAUGUUGUAAAUAUCAAGUUGAAGCGGAUCCUAGGAAUUUAGAAAAAUUACCACUCCAUACAAUUCCUUCCACAUCUCCCGUGGUGCUGGUCAGGAAAGAUGACACUAGGAGGAUUGUUCUACAUACUGCCAUAACGUUACUCGCAAUGGCAUUUUGUGCAUUUAGAAUUUAUAAGUCUUUCAAAACAGCAUAGUGACUGCUUUUACUUUAGUUUUAGAAAGUUCUUUGUAGUGUUUUGACGUUUUAACAAAAUAUGUGCAUAAUGAUGUGUUGAUGAACUUUUGCGUUAAGAUUGGAAACAUUUUUGACAUGUGAAAACAGAAACCUUUUUUUCCCUUUUUGUACAGAAGUGUGGGUAAUAUGCAAAUGCAAUAUAAGACUGAUUGUAUAGAAGUUGAUUUUCUACUUCUUUGCAUUUUUUGCGGCACUGACAUAUUAAUCAAAAGUAAUCCUAAUUUUGAUUUAAAAUAUAGUUCAGUGUUAAGGGGGGGGGGGGACACUGCUCAAUGUUUUGGAGAUUAAUUAUUAGAAAUAAAGAACAAAUUAGGUCGAAGAUACAAGUUGGAUAAGUUGAAUAAAAAAUUUGCUGUGAUACCUAGUUUUUUUCAACUAAAAUUGAUUCACCUGAGCAGGCUGUUUGAAAGGAAUUUUCAAUAAAAAUUUCAGACUUUCAGCAUGAAACCAUCCAUAAAAAAAACUUAUUUGAAUAACUUUUGUUUGAUGCUUCAAGUUCUGUACUAUAUAAGUUUUGCAUACUUAAAUAUUUUCACUGCAGUUUCUUUAAAUUUUGUUUAAAGUGUUUUUUUUAGAAUUCAUUUGCAAACUUUAGAAUAAUAUCGCCUUUUUCACAAUAAUAAAGCAAAUUAGCAAAAAAGAAAUAUAAAUUUGUUCCUACCAACUAUAACCUUUAGAUAGUCGGAUCUACGCUGUUUCUAAAAAUGAUUUUAUAUGUAAUAUUCAGCAAAGUUAUCUUUCAGGUUUUUUCAUGUCUGCAGAUUUUUUUAGUGUUGUCUUAAGGAUCUUUUUCUACUUUAGAACUUCUAUUCACAAUUUAAUAAACAGGCAAAGUUUCAAAAGGCAGAUAAAUUUCUUUCUGUUUCUUGUAAUUUCUUUUUAACGAACAAGCUUUUUUAUUGGUAAAAUUUUUAAUUGGUAUAUUUGGCUUUUUUAUUGGAACGUUUUUUUUAUUGGUAAAACUUGUGAACAUAAAUCUUCAUUGUCUUCCUUCUUGAAGUAACUGUAUUAUAAGAAACUUCUUUUGAUAAUUGGGUUUUGUAAUCCAUUUGUAACAUUAUUCAUCAUAAAUAUAGUUGUUUCUUAAACAAUUUUUUAUAGAAAAAUGUGGGUUUGUUUCUUAAGGGCUGGUCUAAAUGUUAUGCACGCAGGAAGAAAGUGCUGUGCUAAAAAAAUUUAACCGUUUUAAAAAUGUCUUAAAUUAUAUUUUUAAAUAAAACAGUAUAGAAGUAAACAGCUUAAUAAUUGUAGAAUUUCAAAUAUUAAUAUCUAAUUAAAAUGUUAUCUUUACAAUAUGCAAAAUUAUUUUUAAUACCAUAUUGUAAAUAUAUAUAUAUUUAAAUUAAUCAAUAAACUGUAGUGUUGUUGCUGUUGUAAGCAAUAUGUGUAGAA